CAUGAGCUCUGACAGCACAGAGCUGUCUCUCCCUCCUCCGCCUCAGGAGAAGAGUUCGAGUCCCUCCACGACAAGAUCCUGAAGAAGGUGAUCGAUAAGGACAAGCACCUGGAGCCAGG